AAACGCAGCUCAAUGUCAUAUGUUAAAUUAAAUUAAAACACGUGUUCGGCUAAUAGACACGCCAUUUCACAAUUUCAUAUUAAGUGUGAAAAAAGUGAACUGUCAUAGCGGAUCCAGAUCUGAUCAUAGCCUAUAAAAGUGCGGCAUGUAGCCUAGUGGUUAAACCGGUUAAACCCGCGCUGACAAGGCGGCCUGUUUAGCCAACCCCUGAGCAGGUGGGAGUUCCUGCUCUUGUUUCUUGGAACUGAUGCAAAAUGAGCAGCAGCAAUGCAGCAUCCUUCCCGACCGGACGCUAGCGAUAAGGAGCAUUUGAGAGUUGUGUUUGUAUGACUUCAGCCCCUGAGACGUAGGCCGAGGCUCACUCAUGGCGGACUCUAAGCUGUUUGCGACGGGGGCGCCCCCUCUGGAUGUGAGGGAUAUGGAGCUGGAUGUGCUGGGCUUCCUGGACUCUCUGGGGGAGGACAACAUCACUGCAGCAGAGAGGUGCUACCGCUCCCACUCCCGCAGCAGUGUCCUGCAAGGCCUGCCCUUUGGAGGGGUGCCCACGGUCCUCGCCAUUAAUGUUGUCAUGUGGAUGUUUCUGUUACUGAUCUUCUCCUGUUUGAGGAAGGCUGCGUGGGACUAUGGCCGUCUGGCUCUAUUGAUGGAGAAUGACAGCCUCACGUCCUUGUUCUACGGAGAGCAGAGUGAGAAGGAGAAGUCCCCGUCAGAGUCCAGCCCUUCAGACUCCGAGACCAAGGACUUGGGCUUCUGCUCUUGGCUUACAACAAUCUAUCAUAUGAAGGAUGAUGAGAUCAGGAGUAAAUGUGGCAUCGACGCUACGACCUACCUGUCCUUCCAGCGCCACAUCAUCCUGCUCAUGACCGUGGUCUGUCUGCUGUCUUUGGCCAUCAUCCUGCCUGUCAACUUUUCCGGGAACCUCCUAGGGGAUAAUCCUGAGAAUUUUGGAAGAACGACUGUGGCUAAUCUUCCUGCAAAGGACAGCUUCCUGUGGCUCCACAGUAUCUUUGCUCUGCUCUACUUCAUCAUCACAGUGCUGUGUAUGGCCCAUCACUCCUCACGCCUGGAGUACAGAGAGGACGAGAAGGUGGCCAGGACUCUCAUGAUCACCUGCAUCCCCAGAGAGAUCUCCGACCCAGGCCUCAUCACAAAACACUUCCAUGAGGCUUACCCCAGCUGUACUGUCACUGACGUCCGCUUCUGCUUCAAUGUACACAAACUGAUGAUGCUGGACUCUGAGCGACGGAAGGCGAUGAAGGGAAGGCUGUAUUUCGCCACUAUGUCCCAGAAGGAGGGGAAGAUCAUGAUUAAGACCCACCCCUGUGCUACCAUCUUCUGCUGUGAUGUGUGCGGCUUUGAGCAGGUGGAUGCAGAGCAGUAUUACAGUGAGCUAGAAGAGAAACUGACCGAUGAGUUUAAUGCAGAGAAGCACCGCAUCUCGCUCAAGAGGCUGGGCAUCUCCUUCGUGACUUUUCGGGAUGAGAGGAUGACUGCUGUUAUUGUCAAGGACUACAGCCGGGUUGGUUGCCGUCGGAGACCCAAGCAGUCUAGCAUCACCACGGUAGUUCAGUCUCACAGGUGGGGUGUAGGCUAUGCCCCAGCUCCAAGCGACAUCAUCUGGGAGAACCUGUCGCUGUGUGGCUCCCGCUGGUGGCUGCGCUUUGUCCUGCUCAAUAUCCUCCUCUUCCUCCUCCUCUUCUUCCUCACCACGCCCGCCAUCAUCGUCAACACCAUGGACAAACUCAACGUCACCCGGCCUGUUGACAGCCUGAGGAGCCCGAUCAUCACUCAGUUCUUCCCUACCCUCCUGCUCUGGGCGUUCUCUGUCCUGUUACCCUUCAUAGUCUACUACUCGGCCUUCUUCGAGUCUCACUGGACCAGAUCCAGUGAGAACCAGAUCACGAUGCACAAGUGCUUUGUACUGUUGGUGUUCAUGGUGAUCAUCCUGCCCUCGCUGGGUCUCUCCAGUCUGGACCUGUUCUUCAGGUGGCUGUUUGAUGUCAAUUUCCUGGAAGACAAGAAUAUCAAAUUUGAGUGUGUGUUCCUGCCUGAUAACGGAGCGUUCUUCGUGAACUACGUGAUCACGUCCAGCCUGAUCGGCACGGCCAUGGAGCUGCUGCGUAUCCCAGCUCUGAUGGUGUAUGCGCUGCGUCUCUGCUUGGCCAAGCCCGGGGCCGAGCGCAUCCACGUCAAACGGAGCCAGGCCUAUGAGUUCCAGUUUGGUCUGCAGUAUGCCUGGACCAUGUGCAUCUAUGCUGUUAGCAUGACCUACAGUAUCACCUGUCCCAUCAUCAUGCCCUUUGGGCUGCUCUACCUGAUCCUGAAACACAUGGUGGACCGCUACAACAUCUAUUAUGCCUACGUGCCCACCAAGCUCAACCAGCGCAUCCACACUGCAGCCAUCAGCCAGGUCAUCGUGGCGCCCAUCCUCUGCAUGUUCUGGCUCCUGUUCUUCUCCGUGCUCAGACUGGGCCCAAUGCAUCCCAUCACCCUCUUCACCUUUGUGUCCCUGCUCUCCUGCCUUGCCUUCUCCCUCCUUGGCCUAUGCCUUAGGAAACAGCCAGACAAGUCAUCAAGCUACCAGAUGUCAGACCAGGUGUCUGCUGACCAGCCAGUAGAAGGGGCCUUCACUAAUGCAGAGAGAAGCUCCACCCCUUCCACCACCCCAUCUAAUCUGUUUCUGGCAUCUGUGUUGCUGGAGCCGGAGCUAGGCCUGACCCCGAUGCCCUCCCCAGCUCACCAGAGCUACGGGACCAUGGCCAGCUCCCAGGACCGAGAGGAGGAGGAGGACCAGGUUGAAACCGUUGAGACAGAGCUCCAAGAGCCGUCAGACCCUUACUACGCCAUGGACAGCCCAGUGGGUAACCAGUGAACUACACCUGCGAUAUAAGGGAGCGAAAGAUGCCACAAUGCUGCAUAUUUACCUUUUAACCUCAGAAUCACAUCCAACUGCCUCAGCCCCUCUGACUGGACCCAUGUUUGUGAGACCAUUUGGAUUGUGUCUUUUGAAGGUUCUUUGGAACCCAAGGCUGAAAUAAUUUCUUCCUCAGCCCUGUGGCGGGGAUGUGGAGAAAGGAUGCAAGUGGCCUUCUCUCCCUCAGUGUACAGAAGUCAAAGUGACCACACCACAACAUCUCUCAAAGCUGUCAUCAUAAAUGAACCAUACGGAGGAUACUUCAAACAAAAGUGCUGUCAUUUUCUGACUUACUGCUUCAUAAUUUUCUCCCUUUCUUCCCUCUAUAAGUUGCAUGGAAUGAAUUAACUAGCGAGGAAGGACACUGGGACAGGAUUAGGGGUGGAUUUCACCAACUACCCUACUAGACAGAGUGGUCUUGGCUCUGGUGUGGAAGAGCUCUGUGAGGCAGAGGGUUGCGGGUUGUAAUCAAGCCAUCUGCAGUGAGAGAACAGGACAGACGGAUGGAGGGCAGAGUGGAUCUCAGAGCUCUAACACUCCCUAUGGAGGAGAAGGCACAAGGAACCCAAUGGGACCUGAUGCUAUUGUAUUUUUUGUUUUGUCAAGGUUGUUAUUUUUGCUAUUCUGUAGUUGCCCGUUGUAUGUGAUAUUAUUGUGCUGAAGGGCGAGGGGCAGGCUGCUUAUUGUUUAAUAACAAUGUAUUUAUGGUGCCAUCCCUUUAUUGUUUAUAAAUAUGACUGAAAAAGGUGUCUUGUUGGACAAGUCCAGGUAGUCAAAACAUGAUCUCCAAUUUACUUUGGUUUUAUGUUUUGCAUAAAUGUCCAGCAGCAAAAAGUAGUCAAGAAAAAAUACUAAUCGUUCUCUAUUGCAUCGUGGUUUCAGUAGUCCAAACCAGUCCUCUCCACUGCAUGUUGAGAAUGCUGUAUAAGAGAAAGGAUUUGUCUGUACAUUGAGGGUGGACAUGGAGUAUAACAAACUAAACGGCUUUCUCUAAUGCUGCAUAAGACUCAGCUGACAGUCAUACAGUAACCUUUGCUAGUGUUGUAUUGCAAGUGUUUUGCUGCUCGAAGGCGAGGUUUCCUUGCCACACUGAAUGUAAACUGAUUGUGGUUAGUAAUCGUGCUCUCUUGCUGUGCCUUGAAGAAAAUCGCUCUUUCGUCUAGCAAUCCAGCAUGGCCUGAAAUAUGCUGCAUGGACUGAACUAAAAACCAGGGAAAAGAUGUAUACAGACUUAAAUUAACAAACACACACAGACUAGCAUAUGGCCAUAGUUCUAUCAAAUGCCACCCAUAACCAGCUAUUAUCUUACUCCCAUCAUUUGUGUGAGAAACCAUCUUCCUAUGAAUAGUUCCCUCAGCCAAUAAACAAGCAGGGUUUAAACAAGCAGGGUUUAAACAAGUAUUAUGCAAAAUACUUAUUUUCGGUGUAAUUUGAGUAUUUAAAAAAAUAAUGUGGCCAAAGUCCGCUUCUAUUUAAAGUAUUUUCAAAUAAUUUCCUAUAAAUUGCUUUUUAUUUUAAACAAUUAAAAAUGUCAAAUUAAAAUAACACCCCUAGGACCAGGUUCAAAUGCAUGGUAUUAAAAUAUUUGAAAAUACAAUUGUCUGUAUUUGACUAUUUUCAAAUACUUUACAAAUGUAUUUCCCAAAAUACAUUCUAAUAUUCAACUGCUUGUAUUUUCAUAACAAAAACAUCUAAAUACCUACUUCAAAGUGCAUUUGAAAGUAAUUUAAAUACCCAGAUCUGACAAACGGUGUGCCACAGACCACUGAGCUAAUGAUGUUGACUCAUUAUGUGCUGACUGGAUUUUCUAGUCUCAUUUAUUUAAUUUUUUUUCUUCCAAUGAAAUCAUUUGGAUUGUAGCUUAAGGUGCCUUGUUGUGGGUGUCACUCUCUCUGUCUGCAGUUUCUAACUGUUGUAUUCUGUGAUCAUAUAGCCAAGCUCUUUGUAGAUUCCUUUCUCUGGUGUCUUGGCCCUUCCUACAAUGUUAUGAUAAGUUAUUGUUAGUUAUGUUUGUCAUCAUGCAUAAAUGGUGGUUCCUGGUUUUUCCUGAACCCAAAGAAAGCUAUAGAAUAGUACUCCAAAAUUAGAACUGUAAAAUUGUUUGCCUAAGAAAUGUCACCCAAAGAUACAGGUCCAGGUACUUUUUCGUGCAUCCCUGGGAAGGUUGCCAUUUUAUGGUCAUUGAAGUAUAUUCUUGAAAUACCCUGUCUUUAUUUGCUAUAAUUUGUUAUUAUUAUUAUAAAUAGUGUUUGUUAGAAGUGGUUUUGUGAAACGGACAGAAUAUUAUAGGAUAAAUCUAGUGUGUCUUAUAAACUCUAAGUUAUUUGUUUAAUUUCAAGGGAACUAGAAUUGUUUUAUGAACAAAUGUCCAGCAUAAAAACAAAUUGAUCAUCCCAAAACGAGUCACUGUGUUGUGUUCACGGUGUAGGCCUACACUACCAUCUGAGAUGUUAAUUGUGGAGAGCAACACAGUAAAAUCAGUUUGAACACCACAUCACAGAAACCAUAAACAAAAAAGUGCCUAAGCUCACCAAAUGUGUGCUCUGGAUUUCAGCAUGUCGUUUCACAGGCCAUGAAGUUCAUAUAUAGGCGCUACUUGGUCAAUCAGAUGUCUGCAUUGGCAGUGCAGCAUUUACAGCGGUACGGCCUCUUCAGAAGUCAGGGCAUUCAUACUUCUUGCGCUUCGUGGAGCAGCGCAGAGCUGUUGUCAAGGAAGUGAGCUUGUGUUUAUACAGGACCUCCCGCCCCCACCUACCGUCAACCAAUCAUGUAAAUGCGGAGCUAUAUGGAGCUCUCCGUUGCUACAAAAGUUGAGGCUACGGCGACGCAGUACAGAGCUCAUUUUGGCCUCUGCAUUCCUCCGUAGGCUCCGCAAUUGCGUCACAUCAUCCACACGGUGCCUCCUACCACAUUUUCAGAUCAAGCAUAAAUUGUCUAUUCCUAUUAAAACAUGUUAAUCAAUUUAUUUUUUAUGGUGGUCAUAACGGUUGAGUAAACAUCAAAGAAAGCUUGGUUCUUUAUGUUCCAAUAACAAUGAGUGGGGGAAUGUACUUGUAAAACUCACUGAGAUUUGUUUCCAAAUUAGCUCUGUUGUACCUCUUUGUCAUUUGUGCUCAUACAUCAAAUGCUCUUCACAUGGGUGCCCUGGCUCUAUUUUGGGGAUACAGUGGUUUUCCACUUAGGCCAAGCUCUUAUUUUCAUCCUUUACAGGAAACUGGUGUGUCCUUACUGAAGUACUACUUAUAGAUUUCUCUGAAUCAUUUACUUUUGCAGGGAAAUAAAGUAAAACAAACAUUCUGUCAUCUUGA